AGUAGUGUUCACACGUCCUCUGCGAAGGAGCCACUUCCGAGCGCACUUCCACGUGCUCUCCUGAGGUUACUUCGAGAACCUCCGACCCCGGCCAUGGUCAAGAAGCCCAUCUCGAGGAUAGGGAAGAGGAAAUCGUCCACGAAGCACCAUGGGGUCCCUCGCGAGGAGCUGGUCACCGUCAAGUCCGACCUCAUUUUGUUGGCGCCAGAGCUCGAGGACCUCGACGACAGGCAGCUGGAAGUCGGCAGGGGGCGGCGGGAGGACCAGGGAGACCCCGAGGACCAGCAGAAAGGCUCGACGGAGGCCAAGUCGAGGAGCAGCGUCGCAUUCCGAGUGGCGAAGGUCUGCGGCAAGCUCCUCCUGCUGCUGGGGCUCCUGUACCUCUUCGUCUGCUCCCUCAACCUCCUCGCCAGUUCCUUCAGGCUCCUUGGAGGGAGAACUGCGAGUGUCGUGUUCAGGCAGUCGACCUUGCUGAGUAACCCCGUCGUCGGACUCAUGAUUGGAGUCCUCGUCACGGUCCUGGUGCAGUCCUCGUCCACAUCCUCGUCCAUCAUCGUGUCCAUGGUGGCCGCUGACUUUCUGGACGUGCCCACUGCGGUCCCAAUUAUCAUGGGCGCUAACAUUGGUACCUCUAUAACCAACACCCUCGUCAGUAUUGGACAGGUUGGCGACCGCGAGCAGUUCGAGCGCGCCUUCUCCGGGGCUGUGAUCCACGACAUGUUCAACUGGCUGUGCGUCCUGGUCCUCCUCCCCCUCGAAGUGACCACCGGCUACCUGUACCACCUCACUCGGGUCAUCCUCAGCCAGAUGACCCUCGAGCACAACAACAUGAAGGUCGAGAUUCUGUCUCGCAUCACGAAGCCUUUCACGAACAGGAUCGUCCAGCUGGACAAGAAGGUCCUGACUGGCUGGACCAUGAAUGACCCUGCCUACGAAAAUGCCACACUUCUCCGUCGUCUCUGCCCCCAAACGUCGUCUGGAAAUACCUCAGAGCUUGUCACGUGCAGCAACCUGGCAGCUCACCUUCCCUUCCCUGACAACGGCGUGGGCGUCUUCCUCCUCAUUGCCUCCUCCUGCAUGCUGUGCUGUCUGCUCUCAUGCGGGCUCAGUGCUGCCCUUCCUCCCGCAGGCAAAGUGGCCGUGGCGGUGAAGCACGUCAUCAACGCCGACAUCCCCCGCGUGCCCUGGCUCACGGGCUACCUGGCCAUCCUCGCCGGCGCCGUGAUGACCUUCAUCCUCCAGUCCUCGUCCAUCUUCACCUCCACCCUCACGCCCCUGGUAGGCCUGGGCGUCAUCACGGUGGAGCGCGUGUACCCGCUCACCCUGGGCUCGAACCUGGGCACCACCACCACGGCGCUGCUGGCCGCCCUGGCCUCGGACUCGUCCUCGCUCCGGGCGGCCAUCCAGAUCGCGCUCGUGCACCUCUUCUUCAACGUGUCGGGGCUCCUGCUGUGGUACCCGAUCCCCUUCCUCAGGUUCCCCGUGCCCAUGGCCAAGUCCCUGGGCGCCGUCACGGCCAAGUACCGCUGGUUCGCCAUCGUCUACAUGGCUCUGACCUUCGGCAUCCUUCCCCUCUUCGUCUUCUUGGUGUCCCUCGGAGGACCCGUCGCCAUGUACAGCGUGUUUGUUCCUUUAGGUAUUGUAGUGCUCAUCAUCGUCUUCAUCAACGUGGCUCAAAACCAUUUCCCGAAGGUCCUGCCCACGCGGCUGCGCACCUGGUCGUGGCUGCCUCUGCCCCUGCGCUCGCUGCAGCCCUACGACGACGUCAUCACGAGGCUCAUGUGCUGCGUCCGUCUGCGCCCGAGCUACAGGUACGCGACGGUCCCGCCAGCGACCGCCGCCGCCCAGAACGCGCCGGACACCCUCGACGUCCUGUCUGUGAUAGAGCCGAGCAAGAACCCCGUCAAGGUGUGCGACCUCGGCGACGGGCUGGUCGCCGAGGUGGUGCAGGUCCACGACAGCGACGCCCCCGCCACGCUGGUCAUCCACCACGAAACCUCAGCCUAGGAGCCUCGUCUUGGAGGCGAGUCUGUGGUCAAGCGAUUGUAUUUUAAGUGAACUGUUUGGUUCUCCUUUCAUCCGGUUUAACAGUCGAAGGGUUAAUAUGCGUUUCAUGAACCACUACUUCAGUUAGUGCUACAAAAUGCUCAAAUAAUACACAAUGUCCAAUGAAAAAAGAAUUACAUGAUUUAUGCCAAUGUGAAUCACCCUUAUAUAUUUGAAACAGGAAACCAUUAGAGAUUAUACUGUGUAAUACUCAAAUAUGUUUGUAGAAUAUUCCUAUAUGCAUAUCGUUUGCGACGGUUUUCUUUGCAUAUACAUAAAGUGAGUAGAUGAUAUAUAUAUCCACAAAUACGAGUAUAUCGUGAUAUCUUUUGACGUCAGCGUUUAGAUUCAAAAUAUUUUUUCUGUCGUAGAAGGUAGGACGAUGUAGCUUCGUGG